AUGUCGCCGCCGCAGCCCUCCGAAGUCACCGCCGCGAGCUUGCCCGAGCUGCUCAAGGACGACACCGCCGUCAAGGUCGGCGGUAUCGACGUCGAUGGCAUCCUGCGCGGCAAGCUGAUGGCCAAGUCCAAGUUCCUCUCCAUCGCAGAGGCUGGCUUCGGCUUCUGCUCCGUCAUCUUCGGCUGGGACAUGCACGACCAGACCUACUUCAAGGAGCUCAAGAUCAGCAACGCAGCGAAUGGCUACCGCGACGUCAUUGCCGUGCCCGACCUCUCGUCCUACAGGCGCAUCCCCUGGGAGAACAACGUGCCCUUCUUCCUCGUCAGCUUCUUCGAUCCCGACACCAACGAAAGCCUGAGCGCAUGCCCCAGGUCGCUGCUGCAGAGGACGGUCGAUAAGCUCAAGGCGCAGGGAAUGGGCGCUAUGGCUGGAGCCGAGUACGAGUUCUACCAGUUCAAGGCGCCCGUCGCUGGAGACGCCAGCGAACGCAAUUCUUCGUCGACCGCCGCAUUCCUGAGGGAGAACCCUGCCCACCAAUUACCUGCCCUGACCGAGGGCAUGUUUGGAUACAGCUUGACCAGGCCGGUGCACAACCAGGAAUACUACUACGGUAUCUUCGACGCUUGCAACACUUUCAGAUGUGGUAUCGAAGGCUGGCAUACCGAGAGCGGACCGGGUGUUUUCGAAGCGGCGCUUGAGUUUGGCGAGAUCACUGAAAUGGCCGACAAGGCUGCACUGUUCAAACUGACCGUCAAGUCGCUCGGCUCCAAGUUUGGCAUAACACCCUGCUUCAUGGCGAAGCCGCGUGGCGGCCUCCCCGGCAACAGCGGCCACAUGCACGUCUCGCUGGUCGACGGCGACGGCAAGAACCUUUUCUACCGCGGGUCCGAGGACCCCAACCCGCCAUACCCCGACGUGCGGUUCCUGUCGGAUCUCGGCCGGCACUUCCUCGCCGGCCUCAUCGAGGGGCUUCCCGACAUCAUGCCCAUCGUGGCGCCCACGAUCAACAGCUACAAGCGCCUCGUCGAGAACUUCUGGGCGCCCGUGACGGUGUCGUGGGGCCUCGAGCACCGCGCCGCCUCGAUCCGCAUCAUCACCCCGCCCACCGCCAGCCCCAAGGCCUGCCGCUUCGAGGUCCGCGUCCCCGGCGCCGACGCCAACCCCCACCUCGUCCUCGCCGCCAUCCUCGCCCUGGGCUGGCGCGGCGUCGAGAAGAAGCUGGAGCUCACGCUGCCGCCGCUCGGCAAGGGCCAGAACGUCGGCGGCGUCGAGGACAAGGGCCAGCGGCUGGCGAAGAGCUUGAAGGAGGCGACCGCCACCAUGGCCAGGCCGGAGAGCGUCGCCAGAGAAGCGCUGGGCGAUGAGUUUGUGGAGCACUUCUGCGGCACGAGGGAGCACGAGAUCAGAUUGUGGGAUGAGGCGGUCACGGACUGGGAGUUUAGAAGGUAUAUUGAGACGGUCUAG